GUUUCUGUGUGCAAUGACCACUGCUAUCCUGGCUACAAUAGGAAAAAGAGGGAAGGAGAGAAAUUUUGCUGCUAUGAUUGUGCUCCAUGUCCAGAAGGGAUGAUCUCUAGCCAGAAAGAUAUGGACGCCUGUGUCAAAUGCCCAGAAGAUAAGUAUCCCAACAAUUACCAAACUCAAUGUAUUCCCAAGGUUUUAAGUUACCUGUCUUACAAAGAAAAUUUAGGGAUCAUAUUAGUUGUCUUGGCCAUUUUUUUCUCUUUGAUCACAGUUAUAGUACUUGGAACAUUCAUGAAGCACAAUAACACUCCCAUAGUCAAAGCCAACAAUCAGACUCUGACCUACAUCCUCCUCAUCUCCCUCCUCCUUUGUUUCCUUUGCUCUUUUCUCUUCAUUGGACAGCCUGGAAAGAUUAUUUGCCUCCUCCGACAAAUGACUUUUGGCAUCAUCUUCUCUGUAGCUUUGUCCUCUGUCUUGGCAAAGACCAUCACCGUGGUUCUGGCAUUCAUGGCAACCAAACCAGGAUCUAGCAUGAGAAAAUGGGUUGGGAAAGGCCUGGCAAAUUCUAUUGUCUUUUCCUGCUCCUUUAUCCAAGCUGCAAUUUGUAUUUUUUGGUUAAGUACUUCCCCACCAUUCCCAGAUAGGAACAUGGACUCACUGAAUGUGGAAAUCAUACUGGAAUGUAAGGAGGGAUCAGCUGCCAUGUUUUAUUGUGUCUUAGCCUAUAUGGGUUCCCUGGCCAUUCUCAGUUUCAUAGUGGCUUUUCUAGCCAGGAAGCUACCUGACAGUUUCAAUGAAGCCAAGUUCAUCACUUUCAGCAUGUUGGUGUUUUGCAGUGUUUGGUUGUCCUUUGUUCCAACCUACUUGAGCACCAAAGGAAAAUACAUGGUGGCUGUGGAGAUCUUCUCCAUCUUGGCUUCCAGUGCUGGGUUACUGGGUUGCAUCUUUUCCCCCAAAUGUUAUAUUAUUGUUUUGAGGCCUGAGCUGAACAACAGGGAGCAACUGAUAAUUAGAAAUAGAGAAAGUAAGUAA